UAAUUAAGGUGGGUUAAGGAUAAAAGUAAGCCAGUAGAUUGAUUAUUAAGCGCGAGGCUUCGAGGCGUGGGUUAGAGUUUCAACGUCGCCGUCUUCUUCGUUUUCCUUCUCCUCCCUCGCUUUUACUUUGCUUUGGGAGAGGAGAGGACUGGCCGCGAGGCAGAGCGCGGUGGUGGGGAUAUCGAUGGAGUUCCGUAACCACCUCUCGCACGAGUUGGCGGUGCCGCCGUACGCGGAGCAGCAGAUAGCGGCGGCGGCGGCGGCGGCAGAUAACCGGGCGGCGCUCCGGAAAGCCAUGGAUCAGCUUUCGGCCACUCGGGCUUCCGGGGCCGGCGAGGAGGCGGACGCCGUAUCCGACGACGGUAAGGAUCUCCACCGCCUCAUGGCGAAGCCGGCCAUGGCGGGCGGGAGCGGACCCACCUGGCUCAACGGCGCGAUUCUCCAGCAACACGGGCUGGGGCAGUAUGGGGAUGGAAGAUUUUUGCACCUUCAGGCCUCGUCAGCGUCGCCGGGAGGAGGAAGAGGAGGCGGCGGGGGGCACUGGUUCCCCCGGCCUCCGCCGGUCCUUCAGAGGAGCGUGAGCGAGGAGGAGGUCCCGAUGUCGACCGAGUCGGCCGUAGCGGCGGCCAUCUCGUCGGAGGUCGGCGCCGGGGGAGGAGGCAGCAGGGUCCGCGCGGAGCGAGGCGAGGCGGAAGGGGGAAGCGGCGUGGAGGCGGCCGAGGGAUCGUGGCAAAACGCGAGGUACAAGGCGGAGAUAUUGGCGCACCCCUUGUACGAGCAGCUGCUGUCGGCGCACGUGGCUUGCCUGAGGAUCGCCACGCCGGUGGACCAGCUUCCGAGGAUCGACGCACAGCUCUCGCAGUCGCAGCAGGUCGUCUCCAAGUACUCCGCCCUCGGCGGCGGCGGCCAGAUGAUGAGCGUUGACGACAGAGAGCUCGAUCAAUUUAUGACACACUAUGUAUUUCUUCUUAGCUCCUUCAAAGAACAGCUGCAGCAGCAUGUCCGUGUUCACGCCAUGGAGGCAGUGAUGGCCUGCUGGGAGCUUGAGCAAUCACUUCAGAGCCUAACAGGUGUUUCUCCUGGUGAAGGCACAGGAGCUACCAUGUCUGAUGAUGAGGAUGACCAAGAUCAGGACAGCGACACCAACUUGUUCGAUGGAAGCUUGGAUGGACCAGACAGCAUGGGCUUUGGCCCUCUUGUUCCGACCGAGACCGAACGAUCCUUGAUGGAACGUGUUAGGCAAGAGCUGAAGCAUGAGCUGAAACAAGGAUACAAAGACAAAAUCGUAGACAUUAGGGAUGAGAUUCUUCGAAAGAGAAGGGCCGGAAAACUCCCCGGCGAUAGCACUUCCACUCUGAAAGCUUGGUGGCAGUCACACUCCAAGUGGCCUUAUCCAACGGAGGACGACAAGGCGCGAUUGGUGCAAGAAACAGGGUUACAGCUAAAGCAGAUCAAUAACUGGUUCAUCAACCAAAGAAAAAGGAAUUGGCACAGCAACUCGUCCUCCUCCUCGUCUACUCUGAAAAGCAAGCGUAAAAGGCAGUGAGGCAGUGAAUGAAGGUUAGGACCAUGAAAAUUUUGUCGAAUGUUGCUGUCGAAGAGCAUUUAGUCAAGAGAAGCAAACUCGAUUGUCGAUCGCAAGGGCUUUGUAUCAUAGACAUAGGGAAAGAUUCAGUCUUGUGUUAGAUAACAACAUCCUCUUGGCUUGGACCAUUCAAGAAGUUUAUAUAUUUAGUGGGGGUGGGAUUAUUGUCGAUAGCUCUGAGGAUCCUAAAGUGACUUAUUUCGAUUCUUAUCUCAUGUAUAUUUUGAUUGGUAAAUGGUAGAUUUACCUUUUGCUUUCUAAA